UCUAGUUUUACUAGGUUAUGGUAGGUUGUUUACGUCGCAUAUGCGUAAUGUGAAACGCGAGAUAAGGUUUCAAAAUGUAAUUCUCUUAUCGUUUCGAUUAAUUAAGUAAUGUAUGUAUGUAAAUCUAUUAUUAUACCUUCCAUUCCCAGGUAAACGUUCUUAAAUUAUAAACAAUAAGUAAUUUCAAAGUAUGAUAUAUUCAUAUGUUUCGUCAAUGUACAAUGUAUAUUUGUAGUUCUUUUAUACAAUAUGACGAUUUAUAUUUGUAGCGAUGAAAGAAUAAUUUUGGCAAAUAAUUAUGGCCGUUAACGCCAAAAUAUGGUAAUAAUAAAAGUACAAUUUCUAUGAUUGGAUAAAAGUUGCCUAAUUAUAAAUAUUUAAAUAGGAAAAGAAGUUUUGUAAACAAAAUUAUUUCAUCGACAGAGAAACUUAGUGAGACAGUUUUUAGUGGGUUAAUACAUAAUAAAUAUUUAUGUAAUACAAUAAAAAAUCUUGAUACAAUGAAUGAUAUACAUACUUUUAUGGGAAAAAAUUCAAAUAAUAAUAUACAUUAUAAGAUGCAAAAACAUGACAUUAAAAGACACAUAGGCACAUUUAAAACAGAUAGUAAGGAUAAAGGAAGGAGAGAUGAUAAUAAAAAAGGUGAUAUAAAUAUGAUUGAUAGUAGUAGUAGCAUAAGGAAUAAACCAAAACAAGUUCAAGAUAAUAUGAGAAAACGCAAAAAAGGUGAAAUAGUAAGACUUGAUAAAAAAGAACAUAAAUAUAAUAAAAUAGAAUAUUAUACUCGUGAUUUAAAUUCAUUCGCAUCCAUUGCUCUGCAGCAAAGUAAACAGAAAAAUAAAAAGACACAGAAGACUGUUCAAAAUUUUAAGCCUUAUAUUAUAGAAAAAGUAGAAGAGCUAAAAGAUAAACUUUUAGAAUAUCAGUUUCACCUAAUUAAGAUACAAUCAAACUAUACUACAGAAAAUAUAGUAACAUUGCAGGAUGCUAAUCAUACAGUGUUCAUUUUCAGUAGUAUCAUGAGCAAAUUAAAAGAGGAACUAUCUCAACUACAAGAAGGAUUAAAAGAUUCUUAUAUUGAGUGGAUUAGAACUAUUGAUUGUUGUAAUCAUAAUGUUUCAAAUGAACAGGAUAAAUCGGCUAUUAAUAGUAAUGAUCUGGAAAUAAUAGAAAGUGAGACAAGUUCGCAAAGUAGCAGUUGCAAUGAAAUAUUUUCAACAAAUGCUUAUAAAAAACAAUCAUCAAACAUAAAUAAAAGUUCAGAGAAGAACAUUUGGGAGAGAAAUAAAAAUACUAUACUUCAGCAGAAUAUUAGAUAUGGUAAGAAUAAUGAAAUAUCAUCAAACACAACUGGUAACAACAAUGAUACUUUACAAAGUGGACGAAAUCCAUCAUCCAUGUUCAAUAAAUUAAAAGAUACUAACACAACUAAAAUACAUCGAAGCAAUUAGGUGAUGAUGAACGAGUUUUUGUUCAAAAUGAGCCAAUAACAAAGAAAAGACAGUUAACAGAUUAUAACAGUGAUAAGCGUAGCAUAGUGUCUUUGUAUAGUUCAAAACACAUGCGUACACAAGACAUUAAACAGGUAGAU